AUGGCGGAAGCAGAUCAGGCUGGGAAACUGUUCAUAGGAGGCCUCCAUGCUGACACCAAUGAAAAUUCUCUUGAAGUGGUAUUUGGGAAAUAUGGUCACAUUAUGGAAGUUAUGUUGAUGAAGGAUCAGAAGAAAAACAAGUCUAGAGGCUUUGCUUUUAUUACUUUUGAGAAUCCUGCAGAUGCAAAGGAUGCUGUCCAAGAUAUGAAUGGAAAAUCUUUGGAUGGAAAGGCAAUUAAAGUAGAGCAAGCCAACAAACCAUCUUUUGAAAGCGGUGGUACACAGAGACCACAACCUCCUGCAAGAAACAGGGGCCAUCUGAGAAAUCCGAGACAUGGAAGAGGAAGAAAUCGAAGAGGAGGAAAUGGAAGAGGAGGAAAUGGAAGAGGAGGAAGUGGGAGCGCAAGAGAGCAUCCCUCACCUGGAGGACACCUGGGUUCUUCCAGGGGAGCCUUUCCAGUUAAAAGAGGACCAUCUUCGAGAAGUGGAGGUCCUCCUCCUAAGAGAUGUGCUCAGAGACGAAGCAGCAGUGGGGUGGGAAGACAAGACGAUGAAUGA